GGCGGGCCCAGGGUGCUGGAGUCCUGCGAGUCGGGAAGGGCUGGUGUCCCUCACCCCGACCUGCAUCCUCUUUCCGCCCUCUCCUCCCGCGCUGGCGCAUCAGGACCCUUUCCAGAAGUGGAACCGAGGGACGCCCAUUGUGGGGGAGUUGGCGGGCACCCGCGUGACAGAAAGACCCGGGGGCGUCCCAGGUUUGCAGGGAACAUGGGCAUGCUCAGGGCAGGGCUGUGCCCGGGCCUCACCGAGGAGAUCGUUCAGCUUCUGAAAGGCCGAAGGAUCAAGACAGUGGCGGACCUGGCAGCUGCUAACCUGGAGGAGGUAGCCCAGAAAUGUGGCUUGUCCUACAAGGCCCUGGUUGCCCUGAGGAGGGUGUUGCUGGCGCAGUUCUCGGCUUUCCCAUUAAAUGGCGCGGACCUCUAUGAGGAACUGAAGACUUCCACUGCUAUCCUGUCCACCGGCAUUGGAAGCCUGGACAAACUACUUGAUGCUGGCCUCUAUACGGGGGAGGUGACUGAAAUUGUAGGAGGCCCAGGUAGCGGAAAAACCCAGGUAUGUCUCUGUGUGGCUGCAAAUGUGGCCCACCGCCUGCAGCAGAAUGUACUGUAUGUUGAUUCCAAUGGAGGGAUGACAGCGUCCCGCCUCCUCCAGCUACUACAGGCUAGAACCCAAGAUGAGGAGAAACAGGCAGGUGCUCUCCAGAGGAUACAGGUGGUGCAUGCAUUUGACAUCUUCCAGAUGCUGAAUAUGCUGCAGGACCUUCGGGGCACCAUGGCCCAGCAGGCAACGGCCUCUUCAGGCACUGUGAAGGUUGUGAUUGUGGAUUCCGUCACUGCAGUGGUUGCCCCACUUCUGGGAGGUCAACAGAGGGAAGGCCUGGCCUUGAUGAUGCAGCUGGCCAGAGAGCUCAAGAUCCUAGCCCGGGAGCUGGGUGUGGCAGUGAUGGUGACCAACCACUUGACCCGAGACCGAGAUAGUAGGAGAGUCAAACCUGCUCUGGGACGCGCCUGGAGCUUUGUGCCCAGUACCCGGAUUCUCCUGGAUGUCAUUGAAGGGGCUGGAACUUUAGGUAGCAGCCAACGAGUGGUGUGUCUGACCAAGUCUCCCCGCCAGCCAACAGGUCUGCAGGAGGUGAUAGACAUUGGGACACUGGGGACCGAGGAGCAGAGCCUGGAAUUGCCUGCCAAGCAGACGUGAUGCUGUGGAUUGGGAAAGGGACAGCUCCCAGGCCCUUACAGCAUUCUUUCUCAGUCAGCUGCUGUCCACUGCCACAGGGGACCGGGCAGUGCAGAUGUCUCAGGCUUGUCGGAAGCCAAGGCUCAGCUUCCUCAGCCUCACUCUGUGGGAUCUCAUGGAGCCACUGGCCAGAGGAUGCUGCCACGGGGAGGCGUGGAGUGGGGAGGAGGACCUAGAAGUCCAUCGUAGUCCAUCUCGGCCUCAAGUUUUCUUCCUUUGCGUCUGCCAUAUGUUUCAGUGGAGGUUGAGGUCAACCUAGCUUGGGCACCGAACACAGUAGUGACUGGGUGAAUAGCUUCUUGGCCCUGUGUGUCACCAUCCCUCACACGGUAAUUGAUCCAGGAAGCCUUCACUCCACCCAUUCCCGUUUAUUUUGGCUGCUGUUUUCCCACCUGCAAGAUGGGACUUCCUUUGAGUUACUCAGUAGAAACAUCCUCAGAAAUGUAAAGCUCUUUAUGUAUGCCCUGCUCUUAAAAAUACAUAAUGCUGGGGGGAGGGGGAUGGUGGCGCACGCCUAUAAUCCUAGCACUAGGGAGGCAGAGCCAG